AUGCAUGCGCUACUGUCUCUUGUCCUCUCGGGGGCCGCCAUGGCCGCCACUCUCAACAACAACCCGCUGAGGAAGCGCGCCGAGUGCGGGCCCGGAAUUGGGUCCUGCGCCCCGGGAGCGUGUUGUAGUGACGCCGGCUGGUGUGGAACGACGGAAGAAUAUUGCGGCGGCUCGCAAUGCCAGCUCGAAUACAGCGACUCUUGCGAUACCUUUUUUCCGCCUCCGGGCGCUAGUACGGAGAGCAUUUCCCGACCCCUUGUGGGAUCCGUGCCUUAUGGCUCAAUCAUCACGACUUGUGCCAACCGCGGGGACUUGGCAUUGACCUUUGACGACGGCCCGUACAUCUACACCUCUCAAUUGCUCGACAUCCUCGAGAGCCAGAACGUUACCGCCACCUUCUUCGUCGCGGGUAACAAUAUUGGCAAGAAACCGAUAGAUGAUGAGACCAACCCAUGGCCUGCCAUUCUUCGUCGGAUGUACUCUCUCGGGCAUCACAUCGCAAGCCAUACCUGGACCCACCGCAACUUGAACGAGGUCAACAGCACCAUCCAGAGGACCGAGAUCAUCUACAAUGAGAUGGCUUUCCGAAAUCUGUUUGGCUGGAUCCCGACCUACAUGCGUCCGCCGUUUCUGGAGUGCAACUCCGGCUCUGGCUGCCUGGGGCUGAUGAGGACUCUUGGAUACCAUGUUAUCAACGUCAACGUCGACACCAAGGACUACGAGAAUGACACACCGGAGUUGAUUCAGACUAGCAAGGACCGCUUCUCCAAUGGCGUCUCGACAAACGCGGCCGCCAACAGCUACAUUGAACUCUCCCAUGAUGUCCACUAUCAGACCGUGGUCAACCUGACUCAGUUCAUGAUUGACACCGCCAAGGCGCGUGGCUACCGUCUGGUGACUGUAGGCGAGUGCCUUAAUGAUCCCAAGGAGAACUGGUACCGGUCCGCCGGUGGCGCUCUCACGACCACCGCCACUCGUGCCGCGUCACAAACCAGGCCUCCGGUGACCUCAACUCGAGUCUCGACUUCUUCCGUUCCUACAGCUUCAGGCAACGUAUCACCAGACCAAUCUUGCGGUAGCACCAGCGGUUACACGUGCCUCAACUCCGUGUUCGGGAACUGCUGCUCGUACUAUGGAUUCUGCGGCUCCAGCAUGACAUACUGCGGAACCGGCUGCCAAUCGGGCUUCGGGUCCUGCGCGCCGGCGUCGUCCGACAUCAGCGACACGACCAACGGCCUUUGCGGCAGCGAGUACAAUGCAACUUGCAAGAACAACGGUGAAAAGACGUGCUGUUCUCAAUAUGGCUACUGCGGUAACAGCGACACGCACUGCGGAGCGGGCUGCCAGUCGCUUUUCGGCACCUGCAACUGA